AUGCCAAUGAAGCAUUCGCCCCGGCGGAGCCCCAGACUGGAUGUCGGGGGUGCUCCCGCAACUGCGACCACCACGGCCACAGCAACUGGCAAGCCGGCCAGCUCUGCGAGUGUGGCUGGUGAUCGGCAGCGGCCACAGACUCCGAAGGAAAGUGGAGUAGCCGCCAGUGAAGCGGCAAGUAACCUGCAGCCCGCAGCUACGGGGCAGCUUACGGACUCCACGACUGUACAAGUGGCGGCCCUCAUGGAAAGGAUCGCACAUCUAGAGUCGGAGCUGGUGAAGGCAAGGGCAAAUGAAGGGCAUGCAGAGGCCGCCAGGGAUCCCGUUGGAGUCGGGGCACGCGGCGUUGGAGUGAGCGGUACGGCGAAUACACCGCCAUGUUUGAGUGAAACGGUGCCAUGUCUGAGAGCAGCACCACGGCAGGGCUCGAGUGAGAGCCUGCCCAGGCAGAUUAUGAGUGACAAUCUGCAACCGGAGCUUGGAGUGACGCCAUCUUUGGAUGCGCAGUUGCCGGCACAAUUGAGUGCAAGUUUGCCGCCACAAUUGAGUGGAAAUUUGGCGCCGACGCUUGGCGGCCAUUGGGCAAACGGGCAACCUGUCACACGGAGUUGUACAACAACAACAGUGAGCUAUUCUCCGCCAUUUUGUGUUACCGCCACGGCGCAGCCUGAACGAGGUUAUGUUCACCCGCCACGGGAGCCAACACACAAUUUGGAGGUAUCAACGCCAUCGCCCCUAUCAUAUGGAAUGGCGGCGACGAGCAUACCUGGAUGGACGCCACGCAGACUGCCUGAUCUUCCCGAGUUUGAGGGUCAGCCAGAGGAAUGGCCAAUAUUCUUGUGCGCGUUCACGGAGACAACGGCAGCUUACCAGUGUACAGAUUUGGAGAAUAACCAGAGGCUAGUGAAAGCCCUGAAGGGUGAAGCCCGAGCAGCUGUGAAGUCGCUGCUCAUCCACCCCAGCAAUGUGCAAGCUGUUAUGGAGCAGCUACGAUUCCGGUAUGGACGUCCGGAGCUUUUGAUCCGUAGCCAACUGGAGAGCGUGCGCGAUGUGCAGCCAAUACAGGAGGCCAACAUCGCAAGGAUCGUGCCGUUCGCCACAAGGGUGAGCAACCUGGCAGCGUUCCUGCAGUCAACCACGACCGGCAGCCAGCACUUAGGGAAUCCAACCCUAAUGGAGGAGCUGAUCGCCAAGUUGCCUGUGAGCAAGAGGUUGGACUGGGCGAAGCACGCGGCUACGAUACAGCCAUAUCCGACAGUGGUGCAUCUAAGCGAGUGGCUUCAUGAAUUCGCUAAAUUGGUGUGCACUGUCACGGACGUCGGAAUCAAGGAGCACCCGAGACGAAGGGUAUUGCACGCGAAUAGUGUUCGCGAGGAGGAGCGGUAUGCAGACCGCCCCAGAUGUUGCCCCUUGUGUGAGGGACAACACAGCAUCAAGGACUGCAAGGAAUUCAACCGAGCUUCUACAACGAGGCGGAUCGAGUCCGCGAAGAGGUUGAGGUUAUGUUUUUCGUGUCUGGAGUAUGGACAUAUGGCCCGGUUCUGCACGAAGGAUCGAGGAUGCAACGUCUACGGAUGCCGGAUGAGGCAUCAUUACCUACUCCAUGACCCAGCUGGACAUCCCAGACGACCGCCAGUCGCAGAUGGAGGCCGCAGGAGGGAUCAGCGGAGCAGUCAAGACCGGCAGCUGUACAGAGACAGCGGCCGACGGAUACGAAUGCCACAGUCAGUGGAUUCCAACGAGAAGAGCCUGCCUACGUCAGCUGCAGUUAUAGACGCGGGACGUAAGGAGGAUGAGAGGCGAUCGACAUGCGACCGCCAGGAAUUAUCGCACCGGAACUUGAGUUGUGUCGAUUCGGAUGGAGGUCACCUGCUGUUCCGGAUUUUGCCCGUGACGUUGUACGGGGAGAAUACGCAGGUCGACACCUACGCACUGCUGGAUGAAGGUUCGUCCGUCACGCUCAUUGACGACGAGCUCAUCCGCAGCCUGAACCUGAGAGGCGAGAGUCGACAACUAAAUGUGCAAUGGUUCGGCGGAAAAUCCGUCAAAGAGCACACAAGGAUGGUUAGCCUGCAGAUCAGCGCAGCGGGCAAGCCGAAGCGCCAUGCGCUGAAGAAUGUGUACGGAGUAGCAAACCUGAGUCUCCCGAUGCAGAGCUUGCGUCGAGAGGAUGUGAAGGCAGCGGGCGCGAGAUCCUUGGCGCACCUAGGAAUACCCUUCAGAACCAGGAGCUAUGGAUCUGGAGGGCCAUACGCAGCAGCCACGCCACUUGGGUGGGUGGUAUAUGGACCGGUGAAAGGAAAGGCAAGUUCACCGCUUCAGAGAUCGUGCCUCCUAGCCGUGCCACAGGAUAAUCUUCUGGAGAAGAUGGUCAGCGAUUACUUCGAGAUCGAGAGUUUCGGAGUGAAGCCGGCACAGCCAGUCGCAGCUGGCGGAGUGGAGCUGGCGCCGUCAGUCGCAGAUGACGGCAACGCACGGGCCCUGAGUAUCCUGGAGGAGACGACUAAGCGAGUAGGCCGACGAUACGAGACUGGGCUGCUAUGGAGAGACGACGAGGUGAGACUGCCAGAGAGCUACAGUAUGGCACUCAACAGACUUGUCAACAUUGAGCGGAAAAUGAAGCGCGAUGUGGACUUCGCGCGGGCCUACAAAGGAAUUAUGGACGAUUACGUCAAGAAGGGUUACGCACGACGACUGGAGCCCCAGGAAGUCCAGAGGUCCCAGGAAGGCAAGGUAUGGUACCUGCCGCACUUCGGAGUAGAGAACCCGAACAAGCCUGGAAAAAUCCGGCUGGUUUUCGACGCGGCUGCCAAGGUGAACGGAGUGUCCCUGAACUCAGCGCUGAUGAAAGGCCCACAGCGCUACAAACCCCUCCCAGCGGUGCUCUUCCAUUUCCGGGAAGGAGCAGUUGGGGUUUGUGCCGACAUCAAGGAGAUGUUUCAUCAGGUAUUGAUGCAGCCAAAGGACAGAUGUGCCCAGAGGUUCCUAUGGAGGAACGGAGAAGAUCGUCGGGAGCCCGACAUAUACGAGAUGCAGGUGAUGACGUUUGGAGCGGCCUGCUCACCAUGCUCGGCGGAUUAUGUGAAGACCGUGAAUGCUUCGCAGUAUAGCAGCACGGAUCCGCGAGCAGUCCUGGCGAUCAACGAGUAUCACUACGUGGAUGACUACGUCGACAGUUUCCCCAGUGAAGAAGAAGCUAUCGCCGUCUCGUCACGGGUGAGAGAUAUACAUGCAGAAGCUGGUUUUAAUUUGUGUCGAUUUACUUCCAGUUCGGCAAGUGUGGUCAGAGCGUUGAACCCACUUGAAUCCAUCGCUAGCGUUAGAUGGACCGAAGCUGAGGAGAAGGUACUAGGAAUGUACUGGCAGCCAGCUACAGAUGACUUCAAGUUCGGCGUCAAAUACCAUCGAGUCCCAAGAAGUGUGAUGACAGGAGAACGCGUCCCUACGAAGAGGGAGUUCCUGAGCCUGGUCAUGUCCACGUUCGACCCGAUUGGGUUUUUGAGCUGCUACAUGGUGACCGCUAAAGUACUAAUGCGAGAGAUUUGGCGGAGAGGAGUCGGCUGGGACGAGCCGCUACCAGACACGUUGGCCGCAGCCUUUGAGAGCUGGCGGCAAGGGAUGAAGAAGAUCGAAGAAUUCCGAUGUCCACGCUACUAUUUCGGCGAUGGACGAGUGCGGACACUACAGCUGCAUAUCUUCGUGGAUUCAAGCCAGUCGGCGUUCGCAGCAGCGGCCUAUUGGCGGGCCACAUACGCAAGCGGAGAUGUGCAGGCGCAUUUCAUAUGUUCGAAGACGAAGUGCGCUCCGAUGAGGACUAUGUCAAUCCCGCGACUGGAACUUCAAGCAGCAGUAUUAGGAACGAGACUGAUGGACACCGUCAAGCAAGAGCACGGUGUGGCGAUCAGCAGCUGCGUACUAUGGACGGAUUCUAAGACUGUGCUGCACUGGAUAAGCAGCACCCACCGGAGAUACAAGCAAUUCGUCGGAAACCGGGUGACAGAGAUCUUAGAAUCCACGGAGGCGUCCCAAUGGAGAUGGAUUCCGUCUGCCGAAAACGUGGCAGAUGACGCGACAAGGCCGCGCGAGUGCGUGGACCUGUCCAUUGGAUCGCGGUGGCUGAGUGGUCCACCAUUCUUACGAGGAUCAGAAGAAAGCUGGCCGAGAUCGCGCGAGGACUGGAAUCCCCCGACGCCAGAUGAAGAGGAGAUGAAAUGUGAGUUUGCCCUAGUCAUGGCGAACUUUAUAUCGUUACAGAGAUUUUCAAGUUACAACCGAUUGGUGAGGAGCACCGCAUGGGUGCUCAGAUUUAUUCGACGAUGUCGUGGACUACGUAGCGUUCGAGAGGACCACGGACUGACGUCGAUGGAGUGCGCUGAGGCAGAGCGCACACUGAUAAGGCAAUCACAGCGAGAAGCGUUUGCCGUGGACAGCCAUGGAAAGGCCGCCAAGGGCAGCCGACUGUAUGGGUUGUCACCGUACUUCGACAAGGACGGAGUGAUGAGAGCCAGCGGAAGGAUCGACGACGCGGCGUGUGUGCCAUACAGCGCGCGACGGCCGAUCAUACUGUCUCACGAAGAGGCACUGGCGGAGAUGAUCGUGCAGCAUCACCACGAGAAGAUGUGCCACCAAAACGUGGAGGCAACUAUUGGAGCGAUCCGGCAGAAGUUCUGGAUUACGAACUUAAGGAGGCUGCUACGGAAGGUGAUGAGCAACUGCAAUGUAUGCAAGCUGCGGAAGGCGCGGCCUACGCAGCCAGAGAUGGGUCCCCUGCCAGAGGACCGGCUGGAAGCCAACGGAUGGCCAUUUAAGUAUACCGGCCUGGACUAUUUUGGACCGCUAUUUGUGACUGUUGGACGUCACACAGAGAAAAGGUGGGUGGCAUUGUUUACGUGUCUAACCACAAGGGCUAUCCACUUGGAGAUGGCCCACGAUUUGUCUACAGAUUCCUGUAUAAUCGCCAUGAGGAACUUCAUGAGCCGCCGUGGACCGGUGGUCAGGAUAAGGAGCGACAACGGGAAGAACUUCGUUGGAGCCGACAGAGAGGCCAGGAAGUUCAGCGAAGUGUUUGAGCCUGCAAAGAUCCAGGGCGAGCUGUCGUCCAAAGGAAUCGAAUGGAUCUUCAAUUGCCCGGCGAACCCAGCUGAGGGAGGCGUCUGGGAAAGGAUGGUGCAGUGCGUGAAGAAGGUGCUGGCGCACACAAUCAAGGAGCUCGCGCCCAAGGAGCACGUACUGGAGAACCUGUUGAUUGAGGCGGAGAGUAUAGUGAACUCUCGUCCGCUCACUCAUCUACCAGUGACGGUGGACCAGGAGGCUCCACUGACACCCAACGAUCUGCUGAAAGGAGUACCCGAUGUUCCGGAUCUUCCCAAGGAUAAUGGACAGGAGUCCAACGGAUGCGCUACCAGGAAGCAGUGGCGCAUAGCGAGAAUGAUGCGGGAUCGAUUCUGGAAGAGAUGGGUGCAUGAGUACCUGCCAACGCUUGUGCGCAGGGAGAGAUGGUGCAAGCAUGUCGAGCCCAUUCGUCGAGGAGACCUGGUGUUCAUAUGUGAUCCGGCCAUACCACGAAGAGAGUGGAAGCGAGGCGUCGUGGAAGAGGUGUUCACCGGAAGAGAUGGAAUCCCUCGUCGAGCGGCGGUGCGGACUAACGAUCGAGCCAAGACGAUGAUGCGUCCCGCUUCGAGGCUAGCUGUCCUGGACGUGGUGAAGGCGAGUGCUUCACGGGGGUGGGGAUGUCGCGGAACGGUUUAG